AUGCCAUCUCUCACGGAAUUGGCUCGCGAAAUUCUUCGCAAUGCCGAGCUCAUCGAAGACACAAACACCAUCUCUUCGCCGGAUGUCGGAGAAGCUCGAAUCGCGCUCCUCAACGCAACACACAGACUCACGAUUGAAGCACAACCUCCAACAUCGUACCUGUUCUCGCAACUGUGGAGCAUAACCGACACAUUCGCCCUCCGCACGAUCUAUGCCCUCAAAUUACCGCAACACGUGCCCCACGCUGACUCCAUCCCCUACUCCACGCUCUCAACCUUAGUUGGCGUACCGGUUGACAAACUAACCCGCCUCAUUCGCUACGCCGUAACCCUCGGCUUCUUCACUGAGCCCACCCCCUCCCAUGUCGCACAUUCCGACACCUCGCGCCUCCUAGCCACCAACCCCGACGCCUUCGAUGCCAUGGGCAUGAUUCUAAACGAACUCGGACCUGCGACACACGCCUUCCCUGACGCAUUGACUCGCUUCGGUACGUCCGAAGAACCAAACGAAACAGCGUAUAACAUCGCCAAUAAGACUGAUCUGGGUAUCUAUGACUUCCUCGCCCAAAAUCCGGAGAGGGGACGGCGGUUUGGUGGCGCAAUGAGAUUAUUCAGCGGGGAUGGCGGGAGCUACAUUCAGCAGCUCCUAUCCGCCUUCCCUUGGACAUCUCCCACACAUGAUCGUGAGGACUUCGUCGUCGUUGACGUUGGCGGCGGCCAUGGCAGCGUUUCCGUCAAGUUGGCGGAAACUACUAAAUCCAUGCGGUUCGUUGUGCAAGACAUGGCUCCCCAAGUCCAAGAGGGUAGAAGAUUGUUACCUGAGAAGCUGGAAGGAAGGGUGGAAUUUCAAGUCCACGACUUUUUUCACAGAGCAAAAGGUGCAGGCUGA